UAAAGACGUAAUUGUACAUCGUCACCUGAUCUUGUUCAGCAGGAAUUUCAUUGCACGUGCGAUUGUUGCAGAAAAACACACGCAUCGGAGAGACAACAGAGAGGCCCCUUAACAUCUCUGCCUAGCAACUUGUGAACACAAACAAAAUGACAAAAUAAUUGAGAUUGACGAAAGGGUUGACUGCUGGGUGACACUACAUCCACUUUGAGGAUAAACUGACAAGCAGUCAUCUGUGUCCUGAAUGUCACAAGAGCCACAACAAACUUUCAACCUUCAGACUUACCCCUCAACCCAAACUCUGAAUACCCUCAACUCAGCUCUUUAGUGUUGAAGUCUGUGGCGAACAGAGUAGAGUGAAUUUGGGGGUAUUUUAGGUAGUGUUUUUGGGACUGUGCCAGCCCGGUGGUGUCCCAUGGCGAUUAACAGUGAGGCGGGUGACUGGGCCGAGGCUGGGAGUGAAGAUGCUGGUGAGAGGGUGUGGCUACUGCAGAGCCCCAGUGUGGAGUCUGUUCGCCCCCCUUUGUCAGACAGGGAGAGGAAGGGAGGGGUGUCUGCCACAGCCGCUGUCUUCAUUGUGGUGAACGCUGCGCUGGGGGCAGGACUACUCAACUUCCCCGCCGCCUUCAACAUGGCCGGAGGCGUGAUUGCAGGGGUGGUGCUACAGAUGUCCAUGCUGAGUUUCAUCAUCAGCGGUCUGGUGAUCCUGGCAUACUGCUCCCAGGUCAGUAAUGAGAGCACCUACCAGGAGGUGGUGCGGGCCUCGUGUGGGAAGGUCACCGGGGUAAUCUGUGAGGUGGCCAUUGCCGUCUACACCUUCGGCACCUGCAUCGCCUUCUUUAUCGUCAUUGGAGACCAGCUGGACCGCUUGAUAGCUGCAAUAGCUCAUUUGCCAGACGGUGUGGUCGGUGGUCACUGGUACAUUGACCGUAAGUUCACCAUUUGUGUGACCGCCGUCCUGUUCAUUCUGCCUCUCUCCAUCCCCAAAGAGAUUGGCUUCCAGAAAUACGCCAGUGCGCUGAGUGUUGUUGGCACCUGGUAUGUCACCAUUGUGGUAAUACUGAAAUACAUCUGGCCUGAUAAAGAGAUGACCCCUGGCUACAUUCCAACCAGCCCGUCCUCCUGGAGUGCAGUGUUGAACGCCUUGCCCACCAUAUGCUUUAGCUUCCAGUGUCAUGUGAGCAGUGUGCCAGUGUUUAACAGCAUGAGAAGGAGUGAACUCAAGCCCUGGGGAGGUGUGGUCACCGUCGGCAUGAUCAUCUGCCUCUUUGUCUACACUGGCACAGGUGUCUGUGGCUUUUUGUCAUUUGGGUCUAACGUCAGUCAGGAUGUGCUGAUGUCAUAUCCUCCUAAUGACAUCGCUGUGGCGAUCGCAAGGGCCUUCGUCGUCAUCUGUGUUAUCACCUCCUAUCCCAUUCUACACUUCUGUGGCCGGGCGGUGCUGGAGGGGCUAUGGCUCCGUUUCCACGGCGAGCAGGUGGAAUUGUGUGUGAGGCGUGAGCGGAGACGCAGAGUGUUGCAGACGCUUGUGUGGUUCACGAUCACACUCGUCCUCGCACUCUUCAUCCCCGACAUUGGCCGAGUCAUCUCCCUCAUCGGAGGACUGGCAGCCUGCUUCAUCUUUGUCUUCCCAGGUCUGUGUCUGAUUCAAGCAAAACUCUCAGAAACAGAGGUCCGAUCUGCUAGCUGGCAUGGGAUGGUGGUCUACGGUGUCCUCAUGGUAACCAUCGGCACUUUCAUCUUUGGCCAGACCACCACCAAUGCCAUCUAUCAAGACGCCAUCCGCUAUCCGGACAGCCAAUAGAAUUCUGACCAGGAAGACUCUUUGCUGGAUGAGGAGGAGGAGGAUGCAGGUCUAUGCUGCUAUUCUGAACUUUAUUGACUUGUAUCAGGAUGUGGAGGAUCCAACACAUACAUGCAAACACACUCCCUCUUGUGACAUCUCCUGCAUGCCGCACGUCUCGUUGUCUCCCUGAUGAUGAAACCGCUCCAUAGCAACGACUCGUGUCACCUAUGGAGCGAUGCUCUAGGAUUGGAUGAGAGUCCUGAGAGCAACCUCUGACAAGGGACCUAUCUUUUUAAAAAGAUUAUGCAAAUGUUAUGUUUUUGAUUUUAAUUUAUUUUCGCCCCGUUGUGGGCUGCAGUACCAAAUCCGUCUUGACAUUCUCAGCCGCUCCCUAUGUCUUUCCCUGCUGGCCCAGCAUGCACCACUGCACUACAGGUGGCAUCCCAUCCCUCAAGAAACUGGGCAGUGGGAGAGGGUACCUAUCUCUAAUUGGUGUUGUUACUGAUGAGUAAUGAACAUACUGUUUUAAGAAUGUAGCCAAACAUUUCCAUCCAUUUUCAUAGUAAUUUUACAAUUCCAAUGAUCAAGUGGUUUGAAGACGUAUCCUGCAACUGCAGUUCUGAAAUCUGUGUAACGUGGCAAGUGUAUUAAGCGAUUUUGAAUGCCUUUGAGAUUUCAGAAGUCUGGGGUCUCAGGCUGAUUCCUGUGGUUAAAUUAUUGUAUUUGGCCUAGCUUUAAACAGACAGAUAUUUUAAAUGUGCUUUACUGAUAGAGAGAUUAGCUGUAGACUACAGACACAGAGCUAAGGGACAAAAAUCUAUCAUGUUCAAAGGGAUUGUUCCUCAGGGCAGCAAUUACUGUUUUACAAUGACUUGAAUGAGAUUGGAAAUGCUUGAAAUUCAAUUACUUUUUAUUGUUUUAUAACUUAACCAUAAUUGGAGCCAAGGGAAAUAGUUUUUUUCUGAACUGAACCAAUUUAGUAAUCUGGUUGAACAAUAAGCAGUCUUAUAUUGUCAUGUAUUCUCCUGUUAUCAAUCUACAAUUUAAUAAACAUGACGGUUUUGUAAUUGAA